UAACGAUUAUACGGGUUUUCUUGCUGUAUACUCGCAUGGUAGGCGAUUUAGCUAGCUGGCAAACUAUUGCUAGUUAGCUUACCAGUUACAAGCUCCACCAUGUUCCACGGGGAACGGGCUCCUCUUUCAACCAGUGGAGGCGGUCUACUUCGCGAUAAACGGACGAGGUCAUACGGCAGCCUUGUACAAUCCAACCUUUCUCCGGUACGACAAAGACGAAUUGAACACCAAGUUCAACCAGGAGAGACGUUGCAAGGACUCGCGUUGAAAUAUGGAGUAUCUAUGGAACAAAUCAAAAGAGCAAAUAGACUGUACACGAAUGACUCAAUAUUCAUAAAGAAGUCUCUUUCUAUCCCUGUGCUGUCAGACUACACCAGUGAUGCUAAUAAUGGGGUAGAUGUGACUGAGAAGGACUCAGGCCAGGUACAGGACAGUACAAGUAAAGAAUGCUCUACUCAAAAUGGGAAGCCAGUGAACAACUCUGAAAAGACACAAGAAGGCAUAUCAGAACUUUCUCCAAUGAAUUUCUUAAAAAGGAUGGAUCGUAUGAUCAGCCAGUCCAAGCAAGCAGCUGUGAAAAGAUGCCAAGAGGGAGAAAAACGAUCGACAUCUUUGGAAGCAGCUUGUACCAGCAAGACAACAGACCGUCGAUUUACAAGGUCAAACAGUGCCACGGUCGUCACCUCUCCCAGAAUGCAUCAGCAAGCCAUACUUGGUGCAGUGCCCCUCACCAUCACCAAAUGCACAAAGAAACUGAGAGAAAGAGAGGAUGAGAUCUUUGAGUUGUGAUUUCAUUGCCUCUGUCAGGCAGAUCAUGGGACACAUGUACUAAUGGGGGGGAAAAAGGGAUUGGCCUCCAAGCGACUCUGGCAUUACAGAUUUAGGAGAGUUCUUAUUUUCACUGAUGAGUAACCUGCUGCUCUAUGGACUUGGUACUUGAAAGUUGGACAUUAGCACUGUUGAUAAAAUUGUUUUGCUGCAAGGAUGAGUUUCAUUUUGACAUACACUACCGGUCAAAUGUUUUAGAACACCUACUCAUUCAAGGGUUUUCUUUAUUUUUACUAUUUUCUCCAUUUGUAGAAUAA